UUCUGUUCACAAAGUAGCUGGGUUCCGGCUCAACCGCUCGCGCUGCAAGGACACAUGAAGGAGCCGAAAUGGAUGAAGGGACCUCAGUGGGGGCCUCGACGAUGUUCAGCUGGGUGAGCCGGGACGCGCGUCGGCGCAAGGAGCCGGAGCUGUUCCGGACGGUGUCGGAGGGCCUUCGGCAGCUGUACGCGGGGAAGCUGCUCCCGCUGGAGGAGCAGUACCGCUUCCACGAGUUCCACUCGCCGGCGCUGGAGGGCGCGGACUGGGAGAGCAAGCCCAUGGUGCUGCUGGUGGGCCAGUACUCCACCGGGAAGACCACCUUCAUCCGGCACCUGCUGGAGCAGGACUUCCCGGGCAUGCGCAUCGGGCCCGAGCCCACCACGGACUCCUUCAUCGCCGUCAUGGGCGGGGAGGCCGAGGGCGUCGUGCCCGGCAACGCCCUCGUCGUCGACCCCCGGCGCCCCUUCCGCAAGCUCGGCGCCUUCGGAAACGCCUUCCUCAACAGGUUCAUGUGCGCCCAGCUCCCCAACCCCGUCCUGGACAGCAUCAGCAUCAUCGACACACCUGGGAUCCUGUCGGGAGAGAAGCAGCGGAUAAGCAGAGGUUACGACUUUGCAGCCGUCCUGGAGUGGUUUGCGGAGCGGGUGGACCGCAUAAUCCUGCUCUUCGACGCCCACAAGCUGGACAUUUCGGACGAGUUCUCGGAGGUGAUCAAGGCCCUCAAGAACCACGAGGACAAGAUCCGGGUGGUGCUGAACAAGGCGGACCAGAUCGAGACCCAGCAGCUGAUGCGGGUCUACGGGGCCCUCAUGUGGUCGCUGGGCAAGAUCAUCAACACCCCCGAGGUGGUGCGCGUCUACAUCGGCUCCUUCUGGUCCCACCCGCUGCUCAUCCCGGACAACCGGAAGCUCUUCGAGGCCGAGGAGCAGGAUCUCUUCAAGGACAUCCAGUCGCUGCCUCGAAACGCCGCCCUCCGGAAGCUCAACGACCUCAUCAAACGGGCCCGGCUGGCCAAGGUCCAUGCCUACAUCAUCAGCUCCCUGAAGAAGGAGAUGCCCAACGUCUUUGGGAAGGAGAGCAAGAAGAAGGAGCUGGUGAACAAUCUGGGGGAGAUCUAUCUCAAGAUCGAGCGGGAGCACCAGAUCUCGCCGGGGGAUUUCCCCAACCUCCGGAAGAUGCAGGAACAGCUCCUGACGCAAGACUUCAGCAAGUUCCAGCCGCUGAAGCAGAAGCUGCUGGACGCGGUGGACGACAUGCUGGCGAACGACAUUGCCCGGCUGAUGGUGAUGGUGCGGCAGGAGGAGUCGCAGAUGCCCACGCAGGCGGUCAAGGGCGGGGCCUUCGAGGGCACCAUGAACGGGCCCUUCGGCCACGGCUACGGCGAAGGGGCGGGCGAGGGCAUUGACGACGCGGAGUGGGUGGUGAGCAAGGACAAGCCCACCUACGACGAGAUCUUCUACACCCUCUCGCCCGUCAACGGCAAGAUCACAGGGGCCAACGCCAAGAAGGAGAUGGUCAAGUCCAAGCUGCCCAACACCGUCCUGGGCAAGAUCUGGAAGCUGGCCGACGUGGACAAGGACGGGCUGCUGGACGACGAGGAGUUUGCCCUGGCCAACCACCUCAUCAAAGUCAAGCUGGAGGGCCACGAGUUGCCCGCCGAGUUGCCCCCGCACUUGGUGCCGCCGUCCAAACGCCGGCACGAAUGACCCUUCCGUCGUGCGGCUCAGAAACUUACAAACUGCGCAACUUUGGCUCGAAACUGAGAACGACAACAUAAAAGAAAUCCCCGCCUCGUUCUUAAAUGAAAAGAAGCUUGUGCACAAUAGUAAUUUUUUAAAAAAUGUUUAAUACAACCUCUGAUGUGUUUAAGGCAAUAAUGUCCUCUGGUUGUCUGGGACCAGCCGUCCCUUACCUUUUCAUCAAAUCGAGGGGAGAAAGGGACUCUCUUGUUCCCACUGAUACUUUGCGUAUUUCUCUUAAGGAUUUUGCCACAAACAGCAUCACACGGUGCCUUGGCUGAGCUCGAAACUCACAACUCGGUGCUUCUUUUCUACCGUUAUUGAGAUGUGAAAGUAGGCGUCUUUUAGAUGUAUCGUGGUCUCCUAUUAUUUAAUCGUUUCACUCUUUAAAGCUAUGGUGACCUCUCGGCACGUUUCCAACGGUCAUGGCCACGUUUUCUGAUGCACAAUUUUUUAUUUGAAACUAUAGCUUUUCGGUGGAUUUCUACCGUUAUUGAGAUGUGAAAGUAGGCGUCCUUUAGAUCUAUCGUGGUCUCCUAUUAUUUAAUCGUUUCACUCUUUAAAGCUAUGGUGACCUCUCGGCAUGCUUAUACAACGCUUCCAAUGGUCACGUUUUCCAACACACAAUUUGUAUUUGAAACUAUAGCAUUUGGGUGGAUUUCUACCAUUAUUGAGAUGUGAAAGUAGGCAUCCUUUAGAUCUAUCAUGGGCUCCUAUUAUUUAAUCGUUUCACUCUUUAAAGCUAUGGUGACCUCUCGGCACGUUUCCAACUGUCAUGGCCACGUUUUCUGACACACAAUUUUUAAUUUGAAACGAUAGCAUUUGGGUGAAUUUCUACCCUUAUUGAGAUGUUUAGAUCUAUCGUGGUCUCCUAUUUAAUCAUUUCACUCUUAAAAGCUAUGGUGACCUCUCAGCAUGCUUAUACAACGCUUCCAACGGUCAUGGCCACGUUUUCUGAUGUACAAUUUUUUAUUUGAAACGAUAGCAUUUGGGUGAAUUUCUACCACUAUUGAGAUGUGGAUGUAGGCGUCCUUUAGAUCUAUCGUGGUCUAUUAUUUAAUCGUUUCACUCUUUAAAGCUAUGGUGAACUCUCAGCACGCUUAUACAAUACUUCCAAUGGUCACGGCCACGUUUUCCGAUGCACAAUGUUUUAUUUGAAACUAUAGCAUUUUGGGUGAAUUUCUACCAUUAUUGAGAUGUGAAAAUAGGCGUCCUUUAGAUCUAUCGUGGUCUCCUAUUAUUUAAUCGUUUCACUCUUAAAAGCUAUGAUGACCUCUCAGCCUGCUUAUACAAUGCUUCCAAUGGUCACGGCCACGUUUUCCGAUGCACAAUUUUUUAUUUGAAACUAUAGCAUUUUGGGUGAAUUUCUACCAUUAUUGAGAUGUGAAAGAUCUAGUGUGGUCUAUUAUUUAAUCAUUUCACUCUUUAAAGCUAUGGUGACCUCUUGGUACAUUUCCAACGGUCAUGGCAACGUUUUCCGACACAUAAUUUUUUAUUUGAAACUAUAGCAUUUGGGUGAAUUUCUACCAUUAUUGAGAUGUGAAAGUAGGUGUCCUUUAGAUCUAUCGUGGUCUCCUAUUAUUUAAUUGUUUCACUCUUUAAAGCUAUGGUGACCUCUCGGCAUGUUUCCAACAGUCAUGGCAACGUUUUCCGACACACAAUUUUUUAUUUGAAACUCAACGGCAUUUGCGUAAAUCUUCGGAUUUGCCCAUGAUACUCCAACUUACUCUCACUUUCUUUUUUCUCAUUGUACACUCACUUCUCCUUCUGAUCAUAUUUUAGUAUAAUUUUGGCAAUACUAGGGAUGGAUUAUGGUGUAAAGAAUCCAGCGUCUCACACCAAUUGCUCUGGGAAAACCAUUGUGCCUUUGAUAAACAAUGCGGGGAAUUAUUUUGGCCUAAACACAAAGUAAACAAACUCCCUAUAUACACAUACAUAUUAUCUAAACAUGUGACCAGUGGUUUCAAAUAAGCAAUUUGGGACUACAUCUCCCAUCAGCCUUAGUUGCUAUAAACAAUCCCAGGAGAUAACUAAGAUCCAACAUUGACAUAUUGAGAGUUAUUUUGGGGGAAAAUGUCCCAAAAAAUGAACUUUUUUCCCACCAGUUGUGAAAAUAUGAGUCUUAAGGAAACAUUGCAGGAGUUAAUGGGUAAAUUUGUAUUUUCCUGGGGAGAAAAAAAAUAGGUGGAUUUGGGGUUUUAGACCUGCAAACACAAGUCAUACAUGGCUUAUUUUUCUCUCUGCCAAAGGAAAAUGGAGAAGCAUAUUAAAGCGGAAGGGAACAAAAAAUACAUUUCGCUCUUAAAGACGGAGGAGCUCUUGAAAAUAUAUAUAUAUUCCAUCCACACACUUGACAUUAAAAUUGGUUUUCGA